CCCUUCUUGUCCGUCAUGUAGUAAUCAUGUCAUGGACGAUGGUCAUGUUUUCCUCUGUCCGCUACGAAUACUGAUUGGAUUAAGCUCAACAUAGGUGUAUUUCACUUCAUUAAUAAAUAAUCCGAUUAAAAUAGCCGAACAGAAAAAAGGGUACAGCAGGGAGAAUAGCAGAAUUUUAAAUUCUCAGACCAAAAUUUUUAAAAUGCGUUUGGAAAUAGUAACUAUAUUAGCUUUUUGUACAUUUGGGGGAGAUAAAAAAAAAUAAAUAAAAAAAUAUCAAUAGCUUUCUGCAGCUCUGGUUCCACAACCCCAUAUUUCGUAAAGCAAUCUACUCCUGGGUUCCGUUCUUUGAUCCAUCAGAGAAAGAAAACAAAACUCUUGACCUGCUAGGAAUGGGGGGUUUCAUUCCAAAUUCCCCAGUGGGUAAACUACAACUGCUGUUUAAUCAAAUGCAAUUUUCUAAAAGAAGUUGUGUUAACCCAACAUCAUUGAUCACCUCACUCUGGAUUGACACCACCACCACCCAGCAAGAUGCCCAAGAAUUUUCUAAAUUGUUUCUUAACCUGUUAGAAGACAAACUCUCACUCCAAACAGACACGACAGUUUCUACCAUGGUUUAUGAUCAGUUCAGAGGAAAAUAUGAAUAUGUAACAAGGUGUUCAAAAUGCCAAAAGGAGUCAUCAAGUCCUUCAGCUUUCUACGAGUUGGACUUGAGCCUUGGUAGUAAGAGCGACGUUACGUUGGACGAAUGUCUUGCCGAGUUUUUGCAUGAAGAAAAACUAGAAGGGACAUACCAGUACUUUUGUGAAAACUGCAGUAGCAAACAGAAUGCGACGCGGAGCAUUCGCCUUCGUCACUUGCCCGCCAUUCUCAACAUUCAAUUCCUGCGAUUCGUUUUUGAUCGGAAAACCGGACUGAAGAAGGUCAGCUCCAUGGUGCAUUUUCCGUUUGUUGUCGAAAUGUCAAACUACGUCAAAACUCAGGGUGUGGAACCUAGCAGUCUUAUAUACGACCUUUCGGCCGUGUUAAUUCACCGAGGACCCAGCGCCUACAGUGGGCACUAUAUAGCACACAUUAAGGACCCAGCAACUGGAACUUGGUACAAGUUUAACGACGAAGUUGUGCAAAAAAUUGAGGGCACCAAUUUCAAAUUGGGAAUCGAAGAAGACUUGGAAGAUUCUAAAAAAGGUCGAGCUGGUGCCAAAGUUACUAAAGGGAGUCAUGGCUCCAGCAACGCUUAUAUGCUCGUGUACAGUCGACGGGAUGCUGCCAAACCAGAAAGCGCUCCUGCUUGCCCUACAACCCCAUCGCUGUCAGAUCCCUGUUCUGUUCUGCCUCCCUGGGUUCAAACUACUAUCUUUAACGAAAAUGAAAACUUCGAAGCCUGGACCCGGGACACAGCCUCUCUGAAAGUAAAUCAUUAAACAUUCUCGUUUUCCUGUUUUUGCAAUGAAUUGUAAAGC